AGGGGGCCUCCCCCCUCCUCCAUCUGCUGGGAUAUUUUUUUUUUUAAGUCCACAAAUGACAAUGGCAAUAAGGGCAUGUGAAAUCCAGGGAGACUGAAUGGGACUGAAAAGCUGCCCCCCACCCCCAGCCAUGUGCACUGGAGGUGUUGGGCUUAGAAAAUAACAGGUAAGAACUUUUUUUUUUUUUUUUUUUUUUGCUUGCUUGCUUGCUUUCCAGGAGCUCUUAAUGCCCGAAGCACGCCCAGAAUAAAAGGGGGGAGCGGAGAGAGGCCGAUGUGCCCUUCAGUGCCUCCUCCAUCCUGCCCUGGGAGGCGGCCGAGCAGAGGCGCUCCCCCGGCCUGGGGGCGCUUCCCACCUGGCCCCGGCGGGGCCGCGGGGAGGGGGGCAGCAGCCGAGCCCAUAUUGGAUGUGCUUUCUCCCCCCCGCCCCCAGCCACGGGCUCGGAUUGUAAUGAUUUAUCCCUCCAACCCCUCUGGGCAGGCGCUGCCGGAGACGCUGGGAUGUCCUGCCUCGUGCAAUACUAGACACUGAUCGCCGGCCUCCACCAGACCCGUCCGCCUCCCGGAUCCGGCACUGCCUUUUUUGGGGGGGGACGAGGGGGGGGAGAGGAGAGAGAGAGAAAAUGAAGGAGGACGCGGCUGCAGGGUUGCAUUGAUCGCUGCCCCCCUCGCCCAUCCCCCCAGCACAAAACCCAGCCGGGCUCCGCUUGCACCGGGACCUCCUCUCCUCGCCUCGCCUCGCCUGGCAGCGCCGCGGCGGAUGCAUUUUUCAUGAGCCCGAGGUGAACAGGUGCAGGCGGCGGGGCCGGGAGCGGCAGGAUGGAGAGCGGCGAGCGGGACAUGUACCGCCACUUCCAGGACUGGUGCCUGCGGACCUACGGGGACUCGGGCAAGACCAAGACGGUGACCCGCAAGAAAUAUGAGCGCAUCGUGCAGCUCCUGAAUGGCUCCGAGUCCAGCUCCACGGAUAACGCCAAAUUCAAGUUCUGGGUCAAAUCGAAAGGCUUCCAGCUCGGCGGCCCGGACGACGGCGGCGCCAAGCAAGUGCUGUACGUGCCGGUCAAGACCACGGAUGGAGUAGGUGUAGAUGAGAAGCUGUCUUUACGGCGGGUAGCCGUGGUUGAAGAUUUCUUUGACAUUAUCUAUUCCAUGCAUGUGGAAACAGGGCCCAAUGGAGAACAAAUCAGAAAGCAUGCUGGACAAAAGCGAACUUAUAAAGCAAUUUCAGAGACCUAUGCCUUCCUACCAAGAGAAGCGGUGACACGAUUUCUAAUGAGCUGCUCAGAGUGCCAGAAAAGAAUGCAUUUAAACCCAGAUGGAGUGGAUCAUAAAGAUAAUGGAAAACCUCCGACUUUGGUGACUAGUAUGAUUGAUUACAACAUGCCAAUUACUAUGGCCUACAUGAAGCACAUGAAACUGCAGCUACUGAACUCACAACAAGAUGAGGAUGAAAGUUCCAUAGAAAGUGAUGAAUUUGAUAUGAGUGACUCAACCAGGAUGUCAGCUGUGAACUCAGACCUUAGUUCUAAUCUUGAAGAGAGAAUGCAAAGUCCUCAGAAUCUUCAGGGCCAGCAGGAUGAUGAUUCAGCUGCAGAGAGUUUUAAUGGUAAUGAGACCGUGGGACACAGUUCCAAUGCUUCAGAAGGAACACACUGCAGGGAGAUGGCAGAAACCAACAGUAAUGGCAAAACAAAUCUGGAGCAGGAUGAGCAGCCUCUGAACCUGAGUGAUAGUCCCCUCUCUGCUCAGCUGACUUCAGAAUACAGACUAGAUGAUCACAACAGUAAUGGAAAGAAUAAAUACAAGAACCUCCUAAUUUCUGACCUCAAGAUGGAACAAGAGGCAAGAGAAAAUGGAAGCAAGUCCCCAGCACAUAGUUACUCCAGUUACGACUCUGGCAAGAAUGAAAGUGUAGACAGAGGUGCUGAAGAUCUGUCUCUCAACCGAGGAGAUGAGGAUGAGGAUGACCAUGAUGAACAGGAAGAUGCUGAGAAAGUUAAUGAAUCUGAUGGGGUAGAAGCUGAGCGACUGAAAGCUUUUAAUUCGCGACCUAUUCCCUCACACCUCACUUCAGCAGUAGCAGAGAGUAUCCUGGCUUCAGCCUGUGAGAGUGAAAGCAGAAAUGCUGCAAAAAGGAUGCGACUGGAUAGACAGCAGGAUGAGACUGCCCCAGCUGACAAACAAUAUAAACAAGAGCCAGCCCAGGUCACUUACUCAACAUCGGCUGUUUCCAGCACACAGGAGGUGUUGUACAUCAACGGAAAUGGGACCUACAGUUACCAUAGUUACAGAGGGUUAGGAAGUGGGCUGCUAAAUCUCAAUGAUGCUUCUAACAGUGGUCCAACAGAUCUCAGUAUGAAGAGGCAGUUGGCAACCAGCUCUGGAUCCUCCAGUAGUACAAGCUCGAGACCCCAGCUGAGUCCAACUGAAAUAAAUGCAGUGCGGCAGCUUGUGGCAGGGUAUCGAGAAUCAGCGGCAUUUUUAUUGCGUUCUGCAGAUGAACUGGAAAACCUUAUUUUGCAGCAGAACUGAGUCAUGUGAUGUUCACACUGGUCUGGUCUUACCUUGGAGUUUCCACUAAUGACAUUUUGAUUUCCCAGAGCAGACACUUCAGUUACUGCACAGUCUUUUAGGAGAGUUAAUUACCAUAAUGCCACACUGUUCUUGAUCCAUAAAGUGAUGUGUUAAGGUUCUUCAAGUGAACUUCGACCUCUGAUAUUUCUGAGGUACUUUAAUGUGUCCAGCAUACUGCUUUUUGUUUUAGUGUGUCAGCAUAAAUAUUGAAAAAGUGGCUAUAGAUUGUUAACUCAUUCUGACAAGUGGAGGAAACAGAAGAUGCUGUGAUGGCAAAUAUUGGUUCAAGAUCCACGUGCAAUAUUAGUGGAAUGUGCUACUGACUCAUUGGACUUAAAGCUGCAGUAUAUGGCAAAACAUUGCCAAAUGUCCUGUUACUAUAGGACAGAAUCGCAAUUAAAAGGAUCUUGUAUUUUAAAAAAAUGUAAUUUUUAUAAAAAACAAAACAAAAACUUUUGGUUUCAUUCAGAAUUUUUCAUUUUUACUUUGGUAAACUUUUUCACUGGUCCUACAAAUGUUUUGAGGAGCUAUUGUAAGUCCCCCUUUUCCUCUCUGGAACCCCUGACUGUGCCCUUGUCUCCACCUUCAUAUUCUUUCUACAAGAAGUAACUCAAUGCUGGAUAACCCUUCCCCUGUGUACUGUAAAUUCUCAUCUUUGGAAUGCCUUCCAAAAGAAGCAUGCAUUUCAUGCAUUCAUGCCAUUCUCAACUCCAUCCUGUAAUAUAUUGCAGCUUUAUUAGGAAAUUAAUAAAGGGUUAAGGGUUUUUUUAAAAGACAUAUAACUGAAAAAAAUUGAUUUCUUACAGCUAGCUCAUUUAACUCCACAAUCGCUGCUGCUGUCUUGUAUAAGUCCCUCUAGUAGUGAUUGGAUGCAGAUGAUUGAAUGUGAAGAGGUUGCAAGUGACAAUCUGAAAAUUUGCACUCCUGUGUGUAUUUAUUUUUUUCCUUAUUUAAAGAAAAUACAUACAGAAAAAGGCCAUUGACAAUUCUGUUAUGAUUUGUAUAAUUCCCACGCCUAACUACGGUAAAAACUGUAAAUGGAUGCAGCUGCAACUUUAAUUAAACUCUUUCCCCCUUCUCCACUCCCCCAUUCCCCCUCUAUUUCUUAUUUUAUAAUGUUGAUUACACAUUAAUGGUGUUUUCUUUGUGCACUAAGGCAAGCUUAUUUUUAAGUAUAUAGAGAAAAGUACUUUAGUUCUUGCUUACUGUACUGUCUGUUCUGUUGUUUAGCUUUUGUUGAAUAACAAGUUCCUUGUGCAUUCCUAAAUUUGCCUUAUUUCAUGUAAUUCAGUUUUUGACAAUGAGUUUAAGGCAUCGGUGAUAUUUUAUAUCUACUUGUUACAUAUAGUUUUCCAAGUAAUGACUGUGAUUGUGACUGAGUAAUGUGCACUUUUUCUUGUAACUGUGGACAUUGCUAUGCUUUUUUUUCUCUAGUGUUUCUAGAAUUACUGUUGCUUACAGUUAUGUAAAAGAAAAAGAACUUUUGUGAUACUGUUGGUGAAUAUUAAUGUGAAAAAGCCUAUGAAAUAUGAGUAUUUUGCAGGUACAUAGAUACACAAACAUCUCUACUCUGUGGACUAUUGUUCACAAAUUUAAAUGAAAAUUCAAAAACUGAGGGCUGGAAUCAUUUCCUCUGUUUUGUUUGGGUAAAUAAACAGAUUUCUGUGUUUAAAUACA